AGUUGUGGGUCUGCGCGGCGACUCUGCCGCCUGCGAUCGACCGACGAGUGGCCAUGCGACCCGACCGGCCCUUCUCCCACCCACCCUAAAACCUCGACACCUCCUCCUCCUCCUCCUCCCCGUCUCUCUCUACUCUCUCUAGAACGCGCGCAAGAACACACGUACGAGAAGCCCGACCGGCACACCAACCCCCACCAGCGGAGUAAUUGGGAGGAGGAGGGGAAGGAUCGUCACCGAAGCCGCGUGCGCUUUAAUUCCCGGCCGCACGCCCCCAUCAUGGAAGGUGGCGGCGGCGUUCUUGGCGCCGCCCAGGAACCGCGGGAGCAGCAGCUGCUGCAGCAGCGGGAGGAGGAGAAGGGAGCCGGCGCCGCCGCUGAUAGGAAGGGCCCCGGCACCGUCGCCGUCGCCGGCAUGAAGUUUCGCGUGUCCGCGCGGGCGCCGCACGGCGUCGCGGCGCUGCUGCUCAUCGGCGGCACGGCCGUCGUCGGGGCCGCCGUCCUCGCGUGGCGCCGCUCGCACCGCGGCAAGAAGGGCGCCGAGCGCCAGCGCGACCGGCAGCCAGCGAAAGGCGAGGUUUUGGAUGGCGGAGUUGUCGAGGAUGGGAAGGUUCAGGAUGGCGCAUUGAUGCAGAAGCUUGAUCAGUCCAAUGAGAACUUGAGCGCAGAAAAAAAGGAGAUCGGAUCCGGCAGAUUGGAUGGCAAGGAGACAGAGGAAAGCCAUCAGAUUCACAAGGAUAACGAGAUCGUUGCAGAUCAAUUGGACAGCAAACCUGAAGAGAAAAUUGAUCAGAAUUCAGGCAAGAAUCCUGUAGAGGUCAACAUGGAUGAUACGGACAAAGAACAUGUUGAAAAAAUUGACCAGAAUUCAAGCACAAACCGUGUUGUGAUCACGCAUGAUAUGUGUCAGGACAAGGAACAUGUUGAGAAAAUAGAUCUCGUUGAAAGAAUUGAUCAGAAUUCGAGCAUGAACCCUGUCGGGAUUGGAAUGCAGGAGGUCAUCACUAUUUGUUUGAUCCCUGGAAAUGUGGAGAAGGUUGAUGAGGAUUCAAGCAAGAACAACAUCGAGAAAGACAUAACCCAAAAGGAUAAUAAAGAUGUGAAGGCUUCUGAUCAAAGCAAACUCAGUAUCAGUGGUCCAGGGAUCAUCUUCAGUAAAAAUAAUGAUGAAAGUGAUGAUGUUCAAGAGGCUGAAUCAAUGGAGAACACACCGACUGCACAGCUGAUGAUGCAGCAAGACCAACUCUUAGAUGACAUGGUUACAGAUACUGUUACAGAAACAGAAGAAUCAAAUGAGGGUGAAGGAACAAGCACAGACGAAACCGAGCUCAAACAAGAUGAAAAGAAAGCUCUGGCAGGACUUACUGAACUUGUCAGCUCACCGGCAGUGUCAUCGCUUUUUAAGCCAGCAGAGAAGAAAGGGCCCGAGUUUCCGGGACUGAAUGAGAGAGGGAUGAAGAUAAAGCAAGAUUAUACCAAUGGUGAGCUAAGGGAGCACGAUAUGAUCAGCAAAGGAGGAGUGCAGGGAGGAGCCAUCGCGACCCUGGAUCGCAGGAGCCCUGCUCUGGCCAUUCUUGCUCUUAUAUUUGCAAUGACUAUCGGAAUAACAAUCAUCGUGCGCUUAUAUGCCCCUACCCGAGCAACAAAACUCCAGAUGGAUCUGUAGUACAUUUCCAAGGGUGCAAUGAAGUUCUAUCGGCAAUCAAUACAAAAUGCUGAGGUUGCAAAGUUGCACUGGGCUUUCAUGGCCUCAGGCGCAAACAUAUGUACGGCAAAAUGAGAGCUGGAACUUACAAGAUGGAAAAAAUGGGCUGUGGAAGAAUUCGGAUGGACAUUGUGCAGAGCGAUCUGUCUAUACUGAAACAGUUACAGAAAUCUAGCAAAAAGCAUAACCAAGGAGGUCAGAACAAUCAGAUUCUCCAUGAGUGCUUGUUUUUUUAGUAAUUAUUUUGUAGGGUAUGCUAGUGGUAAAAAUAUUUGUCACAGGGCCCCGGCCGCACUAUGUUCGAGUUGUGCUUUGUUUUAUUUGAUCGCUUCUCGAUCUCGUCAGUAUUUGGUUCAUUACCUCUGUACUCCUAAUAAUAAUGCUGUCCAGAAAGCGUUAUCUUCACUAGUCAUCUAUU